ACGGAAAGUCAGGCAUCCUUUCGAUGGCUUUCAUUAACAGGAGCUCGAUGCUAAUGGAAAACGCGAGUGUAAAUUCAUAUGAUGACUCUUCUGAUAACGCGGAUGAGUUUCCCUUCUCUAAAACGUGGCUUGGCAUAGUCCCAUUUGUCGUUUCCUGCAUAAGUGUUGUAACUAUCAUCGGAAACUUCAUGGUGAUUGUCGCCUAUAUUCGAGAUCAACAAAUCCGAGCGAAUGUGGCAAAUCUCUUUAUUUUCAACCUUGCUAUCACGGACUUCAUCGUAGGAACUCUCGUCUGGACGGUUAAUACAUCUUGGCUCGUUACGUACGUUUGGGUCCUGGGUGAGGUAUUCUGUAAACUGUGGCUAGUUUUGGACUACACAGUGGUCAUGGUAUCUGUUUGGACGAUGGUGAUGAUAAGCUGGGAUCGCUACUGUCUUUUGACAAUGGGUCUAAAGUAUCAGAGUUUUCAGACCAAGAAGCGAAUCGGACUGAUCCUUACCGGCAUAUGGGUGUUUACUUUGAUUUGGUACUUAACACUUACAUUCGCAUGGGCCCCAAUAAGUGGUCAAAGCCAGAUAGAUUAUACCGACGACUGUGAAAUGGAAUUUUCCGCCAGUUUCACCGGGACAACACUCCACAACAUGACCGUGUUCAUUAUACCGUUUUCAGUUCUGAUCAUUCUGAAUAUAAAGGUGUAUGCUAACAUCAAACGUAGGUCGAGGGGCGUCGUAGGGCAGAGUCCUCUAACCAACCAAUCGACGCAAUCUACAGGGCUUGGUCAGGUACACACUGAUACAUCAGUGUCUCCUGGAAACCUCCCCCUUGCGGAUAUGCCAGCAGUCGAGGGACAGCCUACUACAUCCGGUCCGUCAACCGCUAUCUCUAGUACAGCUGCACAACAUUUGCAGAGUCAAGACCCAGGUAAGGUGCCCGUCAGCGGCACAUUGGUAGUCGAGUCGAAGACAGAAGAACGGACAUUUGCCAAACACCGAAAAGCAGCCAUUGUUCUUAGCAUCCUCGUAGGAUGUUUCAUGCUCUGUUGGUUGCCAUACCAAGCUUCCACCGUCAUGUUGGCAGUUUGUGGGUCCAACUGCGUUUCUUAUUUUACGUGGGAGUUCACGAAUUCGCUGGUUUGGAGUAACUCGACGAUUAAUCCAUUUAUUUAUGCUGCCACUAAUAAGCACUUUCGUCGUAACUUCCGGCACUAUUUGUUUCUCGACCGAUGGUCGUGUGAUAUCAAGAGCUGCAAAGUCAAGUGCAAGCGUUAAUUUUUUUUUUAGAGUCAGCAUAUGAUAGUGGUUACAUAAUACGGUGUUUAGCAAAACCACCAUCUUGAAAUAAGUAUAGGGUAGGUUCUGUGGAUGGUAAGAAUAGGAAGAGAAUGUUUUGUACUGAAAAAAGGGGUCUGCAACGGUUACGAACAGUGAUUUAUAGCAUUGUUUAGAAGUGUAACUUUAACAAAAACGCUGACAGUCGGUGAUAUUCUCACAAUAAUUAAAAAAAGGGCCGCUUUACAUAUUGAUAAAGGAUGGAAGGUGUGAUCUUAUGGGCAGAUAAGAUAGACAUUAGUCUAUAAGGAUAUAUAUUUUUUCAUCUCAUCUGGGGGCACCUUUGUGAAUCACCAAAGGGGCACUAUUUAUAAACUACUCGUCGGUCAUUUAUUGAUAUAGUAAUAUUUUAGCGUCUACGCCCAUGUCCUCUAGGUAAUAAGUAUAUAUCUUAGAUUAGUAUACAAAUGAUGCAUCCGCAUGAGUUCAUUAUACGAUCUAUCCGCACUCGAGUUGAGGCUGCGUGUAUCUAUCGCACGAAGCUGUUAGGCUGAGUGCGAUAGAUACACGCAGCAUCAACAAGGGCGGAUAGAUCGUAUAAUAAACGAAUGAAAACAUUCAUCAUUUGUUUUAUACAAUGAAACUCCUAGAUCCUUGUCAUUUGAUGUAAAAAGAAUGAAUUCAAGAUUGUUUCGUGACAGUAUAUGGCUGACAAAUAAUAGUGGCUGACGAUAAUUAAUGACGAAAUUAAUGGAAGCAAUUGAAAAAGAAUUAAUGAAUUACUGAAAA